AUGACAGAUCGUAAGGAAGUGGCCGUAGAACAAGACGCAAAGUCCCUCGAGGCUGGUGCGCCAGAAGUUCCUUCACAAACACCAAAUGACCAGACCAUGGAGCAGCUGGAUAUAUUCGAAGCCCCCAAAAUCCGCACCAAAUUGCGUAUUAUCGCUAUCAUGAUCGCGCUCAAUCUCGUCCUCUUCGUAGGGGCACUCGAUCAAACUAUUGUCGCAACUUCUAUACCCACAAUCUCGGCAGCUCUGCACUCGGCUGCAGGCUAUACCUGGAUCGGAGGGGCGUACCUGUUAGCCAAUGCCGCUACAGCGCCCAUGUGGGCCAAGUUCAGCGAUAUCUGGGGCCGUAAGCCUGUUCUCCUUGGGGCGGUAAUAUUCUUUGCCAUUGCGAGCAUCAUUGCAGCACUGAGUAAGAACAUGGAGAUGUUAAUCGCUGCACGAGCACUGCAAGGCGCAGCUGGUGGAGGUCUUAUGCAAUUAGUCUUCAUUGUCAUCUCGGACCUCUUCAGUAUACGCACCCGCGCGUUAUAUCUCGGUAUGAUGGGGUUCACCUGGGCACUUGCAGGAUCAGCCGGUCCGCUUAUCGGUGGAGCGUUCACCGAACUUGUUUCUUGGAGGUGGUGCUUCUGGAUAAAUCUGCCUCUCUGCGGCCUGUCUUUCAUACUCUUGCUGCUUUUCCUGGAUGUACACAACCCACGCACAAAGCUAAGAGAGGGUAUCGUGGCCGUUGACUGGCUGGGCACAAUCUGCAUUCUAGCGGUGACUUUACUAUUACUCUUGGGACUGGACUUCGGGGGCGCAAUAUUCCCCUGGAGCAGUCCGAAGAUCAUCUGCCUGAUCGUGUUCGGAACAGCAAUGAUCGGCUUUUUCGUGUUCAGUGAGAAACGACUAGCCAAGUACCCGCUGAUGCCUCUCAGCAUAUUCAGCAACUGGUCCAACAACGCAAUCAUCCUCGUCGCUUUCGCACACAGCAUGGUCGCUAUCGGUGUUGAAUUUUACCUCCCGCUGUACCUGCAAAGCGUGAAGCAAGCCUCACCACUCCGCAGCGGUAUCCUCAUAAUACCCAUGAUGAUAACUGAAGCGGCCGUGGACAUUCUAUCCGGAAUAUUGAUCUCUCGAACAGGUCGCUACAGAGAAAUCACCUGGGCCGGGUUAGCACUCAUGACCUUGGGAACGGGCUUAUAUAUCAACCUCGGAAUCGACACCCCGGUAGCAAGGAUCAUUGGGUUUGAGAUCAUCGGCGGUAUCGGCACCGCACUUCUCUUCCAAACACCUGUCAUCGCCAUCCAGAAUACGGUCAGUCAGGCCGAUACCGCCUCCGCUACGGCGACUAUGAGUUUUCUCCGCAAUCUGGCGACAUCCUUGUCCAUCGUGCUUGGUGGUGUUAUAUUCCAAAAUGGUAUGGCCUCUCGUCAUUCAUUGCUGGUGGACGCUGGCCUUAGUGGAUCUGUCCUCGAAGCCUUAUCUGGUGAUCAUGCAGCGGCGAAUGUCGAGAUCAUCAAGUCUAUCCAGGAACCGGCGCAGCGUCGCGCAGCGCAGGGUGCUUAUGCUUGGAGCUUGCGGAAUAUAUUUAUUAUGUAUACGUCUGUGGCGGCCGUUGGGUUAGUGGCGGGUGCUUUUAUCAAGCAACGACAUAUGAGCUCGGAGCAUACUGAGACGAAGACUGGGAUACAGCAGUUGACGAAGCGUGAAUCUGCGAACUGGACGAGAGUUGGCGAAGAAGGAGCUGAAGUAGGUGUUUGCGUUUUUGCUUCCAGAUGA